AUGAUAUCAAAUAGUCAAAUCUUGGCCGCAGCAAUUUCGGCAGUUUCAAAAAAAUCUGUUAUUUCUUAUGAGGAUUAUACUAGUCGUAAACUUGGAAAUAUUUCUUAUCUUGAAUUAGAUCAAAAAGUACUUCAUCAGGCUCAUUUAGUUGGUGGACCUGUACCAAAUUUUGAAGAUGAAGACUUAGAUGAUGAUAAUGUUGAAUUUGUUAUACCAGAAAUGAUUUCAAAUAUUACUCACGUUCCAGAUGUUCUUUUAUUCAACCAAAAUGUUAUUCAAUCUCUCAUUGAUAAUAAUAAUGAUCCUACUCAACCUCUUGUUCCUCCACCUUCUUCCAAUCCUCCACUUUCAACCAUGACAGUCUAUGCAAGAACUUUGACCGGGACAACAAUACCUUUAUGUCUAAACAAAUCUAACAAAAUUUCUGAUAUUAAACAGAUGAUUCAAACGAGAGAAGGUAUACCUCCAGAUCAACAACGUUUGCUUAUGGCCGGUAAACAACUUGAAGAUGAUCGCACUUUAGAAGAUUAUAAUAUACAACAUGAAUCUACUGUACAUUUAGUAUUAAGAUUAAGAGGUGGUGGCGAUUCCCGUCUUUUUAUUCAUUCUCAUCAUCUUGAUUCAAUAUAUGAUUAUGAUUUUACGAAUGUUGAUGAUAAUGGAGUGACUUUUAUGCGUGGAGAUUUUGAAUAUAAACGUCCUUGUGGAUGGAAUAGAAUUGCUCUUAACGUUCUCGACAAAUAUUCGAAUAAUAGUUGGCUUGGAGUAGGCGGUAAAAGAAGAUAUGCUACUGAUUCUGUAAGGGAUGAAUGGCCAGUCUCUUAUCAUGGAACUGCUAAAUAUAAUUGUAAUUCUAUUGCUGAUGAUGGAUAUCUUCUAAGUAGAGGAAAACGUUUCAUGUUUGGUCAUGGAAUUUAUUCUACUCCCGAUAUCGAUGUAGCUAGUAAAUAUGCUACUAAAUUCACUUAUGAAGAUAAAAAUUAUAAAGUUGUCUUUCAAAAUAGGGUUAACCCCAAUAAUUUGAUUAGAGUUACUAAAGAAGAAAAUGGUGUUGGUGAAUAUUGGAUUAAUCCUAAUAGCGAAGAUUUACGUCCUUACGGUAUUUGUAUCAAAAGAAUUGAUUAA